AUGAAUCGCAACAUCUCCCACGACCAUAACCUUACACGCAUCGACCCGCUCGCUCUCUCACCGAACAUGCGUGCAUCCAUCAGUCAAUUCACCUGGCUGCACUGGUUGACCGUUGUCAUGUCCGUUAUCACUUUAACGGGCAACCUCAGUCUGCUGUCCAUUUUUUAUAAACUACGCGAGCUCCUUACUCCCUUCACUAUUUAUAUCAUCAGUCUUUUGUUGGCUAACAUCGCCGGCGCCCUGUUUACCUUCAAUCCGUUCAUUGCCGCCAUCAACAGUCUCCUAACCGAACAGGACUCCCCCUUCUUUUGCGCUUUUCCGCGUUUUUUCGCCGUGGCCAUCGGCCCACUGUCUCCAUUGUAUCAUAUGAGCAUCGCUCUCAACCGCCUGUGGGCGGUAACGUGGCCGUUAUCGUACCGUUCCAAACACACAAAAAGGACAGCGAUAAUUAUUUGCAUUCUCUGCUGGGCAGCGAUUACCGCCUUUGCGGUAACGGUCACCACGGUGGAUACGGUUUUGUACAGCGACGCCUUGGACAAUGUGCAGUGCAGUUAUAGUCGCGUAGUGCCUUCGGAAUUUUACUGGCUGCCGUUUCAUAACUGGGCGUUUUAUGCACUGCCGGAAAUCGUUAUUGUCAUCAGUUAUCCGUACUUUGUCAUCCGUCGACGAAAGAUUGCCGUUGGGACGCGAAAAACGGCAAAUUCUUCUGACACUGACCCAUUGCCUUUCGCCGUUGCUCACGCAGAAACCGGCAAACAUAGACACAUUGUGGAUAAAAGGUCAAGUGGGUCAUUUUUCUUGCUGUCACUCAUGACCUUUAGUGUAGCGGUCUGCUGGAGCGUGUCCAACAUCUAUUUCAUGUCGGGAACGCUGUUGGCCAAUAAUCGUGUUUUGUACUUGACCGGGCGGAUUUUCAAGAUGGCACAGGCGACCCUUGAUCCAGUUAUUUUUGCAUUCGCUCGGCCGAGAAUUCUUCGUAAAUGA